CCCACACUUCCCGUACAUUUUCCUCCUCCUGAGUCUCCUUUUCUAUCGUCAGAGAGGAAAGAAGAGAGUACCAAAAGCAGGAAUUUCAAAUUUUAUGAAAUUUUACCAUUCCCAGAGGAUAAAGAAAAGACCAAUUGCAUACCAACAAAUACAGCUACAAAGACUGGUACCAGUUCUACUACUAUUCCAUGCCCAUUGCCAAGUUCAAAGAUGUUUGCAAACUCUGAACUCUUGACGGCAACAUCAACAGGGGCAGCAGAGACAGUACCAGGUAGUCAAUUGGUCACUGGCCAUGGUCAAGGAAUUGGAAAUAGCGCCCGUAGUGACAGCUUAGAGAGCUCCAGUGCACACUUUAAGCCUCAUACUGGUGGUGAUGUUGGAUGGGAUGCCAUCAAUUCAGUUUGUUCCAAAGAUUCCCCUCUUGGUCUCAGCCACUUGCGACUCCUGAAGCGGCUAGGAUAUGGAGACAUUGGAAGUGUCUAUCUUGUUGAACUCAGGGGAACCGAGACUUACUUUGCCAUGAAAGUUAUGGACAAGGGGUCCCUUGCAAGUAGAAACAAGCUACUUCGUGCUCAAACAGAAAGGGAGAUUCUUGGUCUUCUGGACCAUCCUUUUCUGCCUACUUUAUAUGCAUAUUUUGAGACUGAAAAGUUCUAUUGCUUGGUUAUGGAGUUCUGCAGUGGUGGUAAUCUCCAUACCCUUCGACAGAAGCAGCCCAACAAGCAUUUCACUGAGGAAGCUGCUCGGUUUUAUGCAUCAGAGGUGCUGUUGGCACUUGAGUAUCUGCACAUGCUAGGCAUUGUGUACAGGGAUCUGAAACCAGAAAAUGUGCUGGUGAGGGAAGAGGGUCAUAUUAUGCUCUCUGACUUUGACCUAUCACUUCGUUGCUCUGUCAAUCCAACUCUUGUCAAGUCUUCAUCUGUACACGUAGGCGGUGGCAGUGGUGUUGCUGGCGGAAUUUUAGAUGACAAGUAUGCUGUGCAUGGUUGUAUCCAACCAUCAACUUUUCUCCCCCGCAUCUUACCUAAGAAGAAUCGCAAAUCUAAAUCAGAUUUUGGUCUCUUUGUUGGAGGCUCCCUCCCAGAACUAAUGGCAGAGCCCACUAAUGUGCGCUCCAUGUCAUUUGUUGGGACACACGAAUAUCUAGCCCCAGAGAUUAUACGUGGAGAGGGUCAUGGCAGUGCAGUGGACUGGUGGACCUUUGGUAUCUUCUUAUAUGAGCUAUUGCACGGGACAACCCCUUUCAAGGGUUCAGGAAACCGUGCCACCCUUUUCAAUGUUGUAGGUCAGCCAUUAAGAUUUCCAGACACUCCACAAGUGAGUCCUAUGGCACGCGAUCUAAUACGUGGACUCUUGGUGAAAGAACCAGAUAAGCGAAUUGCGUAUAAAAGGGGUGCUACAGAAAUAAAACAACACCCAUUCUUUGAGGGGGUGAACUGGGCUCUUGUGAGGAGUGCCAUCCCUCCUCACAUACCUGAACCUGUAGACUUCGGACAUAUUGCUAGUAAAGGGGCAGCCCAAGCGGAUAAGAAAAUGGCAGAAAUUGGAGUUGAUAAAAACAAGAGUAGAUCUAAUGAUUAUGUGGAUUUUGAAUACUUUUAGGAUUUGGGGUUCAUACUUGGAUGAUUCUAUACAUUUUUUCAGUGUUUUAUGCUUUGUACAAAGAGGAAAAUAAAUAAAAACUUUUUGAUCGAAAAAUCAUUAUAUGGAGGAAACAGUUAUCAGUUUACUUGAGACAAGGAGGACAAAGUAUUAUGUAUGCUGGGUGGAUUGAUUAGUCAAUUGUCUUUAGCUUAUUAAUUUUAGAAGCAUAUCAUUUUGUACAAUCUUUAGUUGAGGUUUGUCUUUCAGGCUUGCGACGCUAUGGAAGAAAAUGAUUUUAGGAUCAACAGCUUAUUAUCGUUCA